AUGUCGAUGGAAGCUCCGAAGCCGGAAUGGACAGGCCAGCCUAUCCGCCUUGGUGUUAUUGGCGGCUCUGGUCUUUACAAGCUGGAAGGCAUUGAAAUUAUUGAUGUGGUGAACCCCAAAACGCCCUGGGGAUACCCUUCGUCGCCUAUUAGCAUUGCCAAGACAGAGGCAGGUACUCUGGUGGCCUUCCUUGCGCGCCAUGGUCUUCACCAUGCGAUUUCCCCGUCCAACGUGCCCUCGACAGCCAACAUCGCGGCGCUAAAGCACUUAGGUGUGCGCGCUAUUUUGGCCUUUUCUGCCGUUGGCUCUCUGCGCGAGGAGAUCAGACCCAAGGACUUCGUCGUUCCCUCGCAGAUCAUUGACCGCACCAAGGGCGUGCGCCGUACUUCUUACUUCGGCGAAGGCGAGGAAAAGAAUGUGGUUGCCCAUGCGUCGUUUGGUGACCCGUACGACAACCACCUGCGCCCGAUUGUUGAGGACAUGUACGUCGGAUCAUUACUAACCAUGCCAACGCUGGCGGAACACUCGCCGACUGUGCGUGUUCACGGCCACAAGACAGUGGUGUGCAUGGAAGGCCCGGCCUUCUCGACUCGUGCCGAGUCGCUUAUGUACCGCCAACUGGGUGGCGACAUUAUUAACAUGUCGGCGCUCCCUGAGGCCAAGAUCGCGCGCGAGGCCGAGCUCAGUUAUGUCCUUAUUGCUACAUGUACGUAUGUCAUGAGACUUACGGAAGCGACGGACUAUGAUGCCUGGCGCGAAACGUCCGACACCGUCAGCGUGGCCGAGGUGCUGGAGAGUCUUAAGGCCAAUGUUGAGGCAUCUCAGGUCGUAACGAAAGCUCUGGUGGAUCGAGUCAACGAACUUGUCGGAACGGAUGACUCGCCCAUUGUGAAGGGAUUGGAAGGCAGCAUGCGCUUCAACGUGAUGACCAAGCCGGAGCAUAUCCCUACCGAAGUAAAAGACCGCCUUCGGUAUCUUCUGCCGUGGUUCCCGCAGUAA